AAUGCUGAUAUGUCAAAGGAGAUGCAACAGGACUUGGUGGAGUGUGCUACUCAGGCAUUGCAGAGAUAUAAUAUAGAGAAGGACAUUGCGGCCCAUGUCAAGAAGGAGUUUGACAAGAAGUACAACCCCACCUGGCACUGCAUCGUGGGGAGGAACUUCGGUAGUUAUGUGACACGUGAAACCAAACACUUCAUCUACUUCUACUUGGGCCAAGUGGCCAUUCUCCUGUUCAAAUCCGGUUAAAAGCGUGGACUGUGCCACACACCCAGUGAUCUAUCCAAAAACAAGGACUGCAGCCUAAAUUCCAAAUACCAGGGACUGAAGCCUUCAGCCUUGCCUAAGGGAACACCUCCACCUUUGAACCUUUAUUGUGUUUUGUAGAGGGCAUUCUCUGUACUAGUUUGUGGUUAUAAAGCAAUUAGCAAAACAGCUUACAUUUGCAUUUAUUUUCUAUUCCACAUCUCUCUGCCCCAUGUUUUUUCUCUUCAAAAUCCAUUCCUUUAAAGAAAUAAAUCUGUUGAAGU